AUGUAAAAUUAUUUUAGAGUUGUCAAUUGUUUACAAUUUACUUUAAAGUUGGAUGAUAAAUUGCAUGUAAAUUGCAAAUAAAAAAAACUAUGGAGCCUCAGUGUCAAUUUUAUGUAGUAAGAAAAAAGCGUCUUUGCAGAAUGACAGUGCGACCCGGAAAUCAAUAUUGCGGUGAACAUAACCCAUUGCCCAAAGAUGAUCUUUGUCAAGAUGACAGUCGCAUCCCUUGCCCAAAUGAUCCAAAGCACACUUGCUAUGUGAGGCGACUGGAGAAACAUCUAUCAAUAUGCAAUGCACGACCUCAGGAUGAUCCAGACUACAUUGUUAGAAAUGUAAACUGCCCGCCUGACAGUGGAGCCUGCCCCAGGCGACCUCUCACUCAAUACACAACAUGCCAAAUACAACAUGUCAUUGACAAAAUCAACUCUUUAUACAAAGAGAAUGUAGAGGGCAAUAUUGACAGUGCACCAGAUAUGGCAAUACAUAGUGCUGUGCUGGAAGAGUUCACGACAGCUGGACGCACAGAGAGCUCCCUGCGCCACUUGCGGCAGGCCUCCAGCAUCCUGCACCUGGUGGAGGCGGAGGGUUUAGUGCAAGAGGGCACUUGCUAUGUGGAGCUGGGAGCCGGGAAAGGUCAGCUGUCUGUGUUUGCGGCGCGGGCGUGGUGCGGUGAGGGUGGCGAGAGCGGCGACAGCAGCGUGGUGCUGGUGGAACGCGCGGCGCUGCGCCAUAAGCGCGACAACCGGCUGCGCGCGGGCACCGCGCACCGCCUGCGCGCCGAUCUCGCGCACCUCGUGCUGGGCCGCGCGCCCGCCGUGCGCGGCGCUCGCUUCGUCGUCGCACUCGCCAAGCAUCUGUGCGGCGUCGCCACUGAUUAUGCCCUGCGGUGUGUGGUGGGCGCGGGGGGUGAGACGGGCGAGGCGAGGGCGGCGGGCCUAGUGAUGGCCACCUGUUGCCACCACCGCUGCGAGCUGUCCGCAUACGUCGGCGAGCUGCAGGAGUUGGGGAUCAGCGAUGAAGAGUUCAACAUAAUGUUGGGGCUGGUGUCGUGGGCGACGUGCGGGCACGGCCGCAGCCGGCAGUACCGUGCCGAGGCAGAUAUUACUGACAAUUGUAAUGAUCUCAAUGUGUCUGAAAGUGAAGAGAAUGACGAAGCAGAUGACAUGGACCAUAAACAACCUACAUUGGAGCAAGAUUCAAACAAAGCAAAGUGUGUGAAGCCGAGCGCGGGGCUGGAGGUGCAGGACAGGGCGGAGGUGGGGAGGCGCGCGAAGGCGCUGGUGGACUGGGGCCGUGUGCUGUUCCUACGAAGGCGCGGCUGGCGGGCGCGGCUGUGCCACUUCGUGCCGAGCCACGUCUCCCUCGAGAAUGUGUGUAUUGUGGCCACCGCAAUCCACUCAAAUAGUGGGGACUAAAUAAAAUACUGUCUUGCAAAUAUAUUUGUAUAUUUAUAUCAAUAUUAGAAACUAAAACAAA